UGUUAAGUGUCACUUUCACCAAUUUCUGAACUACGAUUCUCAGCGAGGGGACCGACUGCUGGCGGGUGAACUGCGUUGAAACUGGCAAAGAUUUCUGCUCAGAAACCCAACUGCUUUUGGCGUAUAACUGGUGAUUUGCCGUUGUUGGAUGCUUCUUUUCGUGCUAGGAGGCUCAAGAUUUCUAUCGCUGGACUUCUCAGCCUACUGAUAGGACCUCACGUGAAUUUGAUUCCACGAGUAAUUUCAUAUUUAAGAAGUUAGCAAACAAGGCCGCAGAUGUGAAUAUCUGCAGUUUAUUUUGAACUAAUACCCACUUGGCGGAUAAUACCCCUAUCCUUUCUCGUUUGACGGCUGACUGAAAUUGUCAAAGUUCAAGAAGAUUCCUGGUGGUCGGGCUAAAGAUCGGAGGCAAGUGGAAACGCGUAUUUUCAGUAAAUGACUCACUAUGACCUUCUCGUGACGGACCGGCUCUCCGUACAGUGGGUCCCCUCUGUUAUUCACCGUCUGCAUUAUAACUUUUGUGUGUUUGGGGGGAUUUCCGCACGGAAAGGAAUAGCCUUCUGGCAGGACUCCUAUGACCAUGUUGCUAUCGCGCUUGUUUUGUGAACUUUGAUUGCCUAUGAGUAUUUGUAAACUACACGGUAAAAGAGCAUUAGGACACUCGUGUAAGACGUGUCUGAUUAUAGGCAAUUGGACACUUUUUCCAUAUCUCUAGGAACUGUGAAGCGCCUCUCUGCUCAUCUUGUUUCCUCAAGACGUCAGAACGGAUCCCUAUCUCCUCCCCGCGCAACGGAGUCAGGCUAUAUCGGUUGUUUAACCAAAGUGUUGUAGGAUAGCAUGGCAAUGGUAGUAAACCAGUGGCAAGAGAACAUUUCGGCCGAUCCCGGGUCUCAACUCCAGAUUUGCAGUCAGGAGCCCGGUGGAACGCCGGGAACCCCGUCUGGUUCCACUCCGGGGAACGAUGCACUUUCUGGGGACAAAAUUCCCAAUGUGGACUGCAUGGUGUGUGGAGACAAGUCCAGUGGUAAACAUUACGGCCAGUUCACAUGCGAGGGUUGCAAGAGCUUCUUCAAGCGCUCGGUGCGAAGGAACCUGACGUACACAUGUCGGGGAAAUCGUGAUUGUCCUAUCGACCAACAUCACCGAAAUCAGUGCCAGUAUUGUCGCCUGAAGAAGUGCUUGAAAGUCGGCAUGAGGAGAGAAGCCGUCCAGAGGGGCCGUAUGUCCAACUCCCAGACCAGCCCUGGGCAGUACCUGACCAAUGGCAGCGAUCCUUACAACGGUCAGCCCUACUUGUCCGGCUUCAUCUCGCUGCUGUUGAGGGCCGAGCCGUACCCCACGUCUCGCUACGGGGCCCAGUGCAUGCAGUCCAACAACCUGAUGGGCAUUGAGAACAUCUGCGAGCUGGCCGCCAGGCUGCUCUUCAGUGCUGUGGAGUGGGCCAAGAACAUCCCCUUCUUCCCUGACCUGCAACUCAUGGACCAGGUGGCGCUGUUGCGCAUGUCAUGGAGCGAGCUGUUUGUGCUGAAUGCUGCCCAGUGCUCCAUGCCCCUGCACGUGGCGCCCCUCCUGGCCGCAGCCGGCCUGCACGCCUCCCCCAUGUCUGCCGAGCGCGUGGUGGCUUUCAUGGACCACAUCCGUGUCUUCCAGGAGCAAGUGGAGAAGCUAAAGGUCCUGCAGGUGGACACAGCCGAGUACUCCUGCCUCAAAUCCAUCGUGCUCUUCACCUCUGAUGCCAUGGGUCUGUCCGACGUGGCCCAUGUGGAGAGCAUCCAGGAGAAGUCUCAGUGCGCGCUGGAGGAGUAUGUGCGUAACCAGUACCCGAGCCAGCCCAACCGCUUCGGCCGCCUGCUGCUGCGGCUGCCCUCGCUGCGCAUCGUCUCCUCGCCAGUCAUCGAGCAGCUAUUCUUCGUGCGCCUGGUGGGCAAGACGCCCAUCGAGACCCUCCUGCGGGACAUGCUCCUGUCCGGCUCCAGCUACAACUGGCCCUACAUGCCCGCCGUCCAGCGCGACCGCCCCCUCGCCCUGCAUUACAACGAGAACGGCCCUUGAUCUGCCCCCUGUAGGGUGAGACGGGGAUGCGGGCAGUCAGCAGCUUUCUGACUGACCUCCUAAACCACCCCCCAGCCCCAGGCCCCCAAGCGCUUCUUCACAUUGCCAGGGCUGACCUGACUGAUGGACAGUUUGAGACCCGUAUGGGCCCACUGGCGUCAACUCUCUCAUUCACAUGAUCAGGAACCACUCGCUGUUCUGAUGCAACCCAGAGCGACCCAAACUGAUUCUGUGCUGUCGCUUGGGGAACGAACCUUGAUCCUUCACUGAAGUCCGUCAGACUCUCAUUGCUUGUGUUGGUUUUUUUUUAUAAAUAGUCACUUGAUGCCAGUCCCUGCACAAGGGGACGCAGAUUUCAGAGGAGCUGGCAGAAGGGCUUUGUGCUGUUACUGAAGAGGCCCGAUUCUUGAAACUCUUUUGCGAAUGAACCAGAAGCCAUUAAAAGUACCAAUGCCAAAACUCUUUUUUUUUUCUUUUUUUUGUAAACAAGGACAUUCAGAGAGAAUAAUCUCAUUGUCUGUUUGGGGGCCUUCAUAAAAAUGCUCAGCUAGAUUUUUUUUUUUUCAAACUGAAACUCAAGAUUGUGUCCAUAUGUGUGGUGUACUACUCUGUGCAGCUAGGGCAAACAGUGUGAUCACAGCAGCUGAGGUUGGAAUGGAGAGGUGGGGG